UGCGUGACCCGCGCGCUGUGUACGUGGGUACGUUGAUGAGGUCUUCGGCCUGCGCGCGCUGCGUGUCUCUCUUUGCGUUUGAGGAGCUAAAGGCUGCAUUUUUUUUUAUAAUCAUGGCGAGAUACAUGCGACCUCCAAACACGUCUCUAUUCAUCAGAAACAUCUCCGAUGACAGCAGGCCAGAGGAUUUGCGUCGUGAGUUUGGUCGUUACGGACCUAUAGUAGAUGUCUACAUUCCUGUUGACUUCUAUUCACGGCGACCAAGAGGAUUUGCAUACGUACAGUUCGAGGACGUUCGUGACGCGGAGGAUGCGCUGCAUAACCUGGACAGGAAGUGGAUCUGUGGACGCCAAAUCGAGAUUCAGUUCGCUCAAGGAGACAGGAAGACUCCUGGUCAGAUGAAAUCCAAAGAGAAACACUCUCCUCGCAGCGACUCGCGGUAUGAUGACUACGAGCGCGACGGCCGGCGCAGACGCUCACGCAGCCGCAGUUACGGCAGAAGCAGAUCUCGCAGUCCUUCGUACGAACGCCGCGCGCGCAGAUCAGGAAGCCCCAGAGACUCUCGGUCACACGGCAGACACCGGAGGAGCAGAAGUCGUGAGAAUGACCGACACAGGUCACGUGAUCACGGCCGCAGACGCCACCGAUCAGCCUCGCGCUCUCCGUCCCGCGACUCCAAAUACAAGUCCAAGAGCCGGCGCUCUCGCUCCCGGUCCAGAUCGGCCAGUGCACCGGCGGAAGAGCUGCAGGCGUCGACCGGAUCCCGUGAGGAAGAGCCCCGCGUCCGCUCCGCCUCCCGCUCGCCGUCCCGUUCCCGCUCGCGCUCCAGAUCCUGGGCCGGACGCAAGUCUGGAGGCCGCUAGCCAGCGCUCUGCUUUUAAAUACUGUAUCGUGCAGCUUUUCAUCCAAUCUUUGUGUGUUUAAUCAUGACGGCGCGGCAGCUUCUGCUUGUUCUCGUUCUUAUUGGAUCCCAAACAAACAACGUUGAUGCUGUCAAGGCAGUUCAUUCUUUUGUAAGAAACGUGCUUUGAUGCCGGUAUAAAGAUGGCUUUAUUUUUCUAGUCAAAGACAAGCAGAACACCAGCCGUUUGAUUGAUUUGUAGAAAGAUGCAUGCAGAAACACUGUUAAUAAUGGGGGAUGGGGGGACAGGGGAUUUACCUAUGACAGUUUUUAUUUUAAAGAUUUGCCUGGCGUUUGCUCGGAAAAGUCACAGUGUUAAGAUUUUUUUUUUUUUUCUCAAAGGUUAUAAUGUAUUUGAAACUCGAUUUGUAUUUAAGUCUUGAUCGUAGCAUCUGUUUAUAUUAAAGACGUAGUAUUUUU